UUCUCAAUAGGAAAUAUGAAUGUUUUUAUUUCUGAAGAGUCAACAACGACAUUAAAAGAUUAAUUGGAUUAUCUUGAUAAAACUUCUCCACCUUUCACCAUUCUUAAACUCUACUUUAUCUCCCAAACCCAAUUCCGAAAACACCUCUUCACCAACUUAAACCCCUAUUAACUAAUUCCAAACAAUCAGAUGAUUUCUAUCAAGCAAGCAGAGGCCUCAAAAUCUAUCCAAAAAACCAAGAACCAUGAUUACACAGAAACAGAGAAGAACAGAGAAAGGUCUCUGUUUCAAACACUACUACAAAUGGAUCCUCUGUUUUUCACUUACUCUAUAUUUUGUUGCUUCCUUCUUUGUCGAUCAUGACCAAGAAGACCAUCCUUCCUCUUCUUUGUCGCCAUCAAACCCUCUCAUCACUAACCCUAAACCCAAGCUUCUCUCUUCUCGUGCCAUGUUUGAAUCAAAAAUCCAUGAUCAAAGACAUGGCUUUCCCCUUCAACGUCCCAACAUCAGAACUGAUGUAUUCAACAAUUUGAAGAUCUACGUCUAUGACUUGCCUUCCAAGUUCAACAAAGAUUGGUUAGCCAACGAGAGAUGCAGCAACCACCUCUUCGCUGCGGAGGUGGCUCUUCACAAAGCGUUGCUCAGUCUCGACGGAGACGUGCGGACAGAAGAUCCCUACGAAGCCGACUUCUUCUUCGUCCCUGUCUAUGUUUCUUGCAAUUUCAGCACAGUCAACGGCUUUCCAGCGAUUGGUCACGCCCGGUCACUCAUCAAGGAAGCGAUAGACCUCGUCUCUGCUCGUUACCCGUUUUGGAAUCGUACUAGUGGCUCUGACCACGUCUUCACCGCUACACACGACUUUGGCUCUUGCUUCCACACCAUGGAGGAUAGAGCAAUCGCUGAUGGGGUACCAAGGAUGUUGAGAAACUCUAUAGUUUUGCAAACUUUUGGUGUAACGUAUAAGCAUCCAUGCCAAGAGGUAGAGAACGUUGUGAUACCACCGUACAUCUCGCCGGAAAGUUUGCGCAAGAAUCAAAAGAAUAUUCCGGCAGCUAUAGAACGAGACAUUAGAGUUUUCUUCCGCGGCAAGAUGGAGAUUCAUCCCAAAAACAUCAGUGGACGCUUCUACAGCAAGCGAAUAAGGACGGAGAUUUGGAGGAGUUACGGGGGUGACCGGCGGUUUUAUCUCCAACGACAAAGAUUUGCCGGUUACCAGUCAGAAAUAGCUCGUUCCGUUUUCUGUCUGUGUCCUCUUGGUUGGGCCCCAUGGAGCCCGAGACUUGUUGAGUCGGUUGCACUUGGGUGCGUGCCAGUUAUUAUUGCCGACGGGAUUCGUCUGCCGUUCCCAUCCGCUGUGCGCUGGCCAGAUAUCUCGCUCACGGUGGCCGAGAGAGACGUCGGGAGACUCGGAGAUAUCUUAGAACAUGUGGCGGCUACUAAUUUGUCCGACAUACAGAAGAACCUUGAGGAUCCGUCUGUCAGGCGGGCCCUUCUGUUUAAUGUUCCUCCGCGAGAGGGAGAUGCCACGUGGCAAGUUCUGGAAGCUUUGUCGAAGAAAUUGAAUAGGUCUGUUAGAAGAAGGUCAAAUAAUGUUCUGUAAACCAAUAACAUUUUGCCACGUGUAUAUUACUGCUUUGAGCGUUAAAAGGAAACAUAAUGUGACCUA